AUGCAAAGUACCUCACUCAAUAGUUCUUCAAAGAAGAACUUAAGUAAACCAAAAAAUGCCAUUCAUAAGAACAAGUUUCAUGAGAAAAAUUAUGUGUCAAAUGGCAAAACUAAGCGAAAAUUGAAUGUGGAAAACCAUCUGCAACAGAAGCAACAAAGUCAUAAGACACCUCGUGAUGUAUCUGGUACAGGUCAAAUAAGAGACACUAAGAAGAUUGAAAAUUUAAACACAGCCUUCAAUAAUACCAUUGAAAAGAUAAGUAAUGAAACCGAAGCUAAAGAACUGCAGCCGUUGCUGCUGCUGCUGCCUCUGCUGCUUCUGCGUCACGCAAGUGCUUCACGAGCCCAAAAUACACAUUAUGUGCUAGAUGGCAAAAAAAUCACAUCAGACCAGUAUAAAUCAUUACACUUGUAUAACCUCACUCAUGCAGUACCUAACAACCCAUUACACAGACAAUUUUCUUUACGUUAUGAAACAUUGAAUUGCGAUAAACUGAUCAAUGUUCCACCAAUAUUGGAACAUAAGAUUUGUAUGCACUGCGGAGUCCUACAGAUUCCAGGAAUAAACCAAACCCAUAGGAUCGAUUUUGGCAAGAAAAAUAAAAAGAAGAAGAAGCAGAAAAACAAAUCAGCAGGAGAAGUAGUAGUAAAAAAAGAGAAUGAUAAAAAGGAAAAGGAUAAGGAUGAGGAUGAGGACGAGGACGAGGAAGGGGAAACUACAAGAAAAAAUCAAAUUCGAAGAUUACGAUAUAAAUGCUUGUUUUGCAAAAACGUAACCUAUAGCGAACCACUCUUAAUUGGAAAUAUGCCACGUGAGAAAAACACUAAGAAAGAUGGACAGCCUUUGAACGCAAUAAAUCUGUCCAAUAAACCAAUGAGCAAUGAACUAAAAAGGGCAGAACGAGAAUCGUCGGCUGAUACAAUAAAUGCAGGACAAUUUGCCAAAUCCAAUUUAACAAAGUCAGAAGCUGAAGCUGAAGCUGAAACUGAAACUACAGGUGUUAAUAUAACAACUGGUAGUUUCGAAACAAAUGUUAAUAAAGAGAAUCCAGUCUUUGUUUCGUUAAAACAAGAAACAGAGCUCGAGUCGCUUGACUCUACUAAAAUUGACAAAAAGAAUAAACAGGCAAAAGCCAGAGCAAAGAAAAGGAAAGCAGGUUCGGAUCUAUUGGGAAUGCUCAAGCAAAGAAAAUUGCAACAAGAAACAAAAGAGCAAAAGGCAAACUCAUUGAGCUUGAUGGACUUUAUGCAAUAA